CCCCUUAUAUAAUACCCUUACAGACACCACAACACUACCCCAGAUCUCACUCUCUCGAACUUUUAAUUAUAUGUUCUUAGCAAAGAGAGAGUGAAGAUCUUGGUGUUCAUGUGUUCUCUCAGCAAGUUCACGACAUUCUCACCAUAUGAAAAUUUACCAAAUAAUUUCACCUUUCUCAGCACUUGAACAACUUUUGGUUCAAGUACAUUUAAUUUUAGAUUUCUAAUAGGAUUCAUUGCAGUGGUACGCAUUGACAUUUGUUUAUACAUAAAAAGAAAUUUGGAAAUUGAAGUUUUGGAGUCUGAUUUAAUCGGCCUUGAAGUAGCUCCAAGACCAAGGGUGGUACCGGCUAUCGCAUAACGCGUUCACAUUUGGAGUUAGGCUUUUGCUCCGACGAAAGUGACUCCAUUUCUCGAACGUUUUCCGGCAGUCGGCAGAGACGAUUGAUCGGAGUGAUCAGAGGUUUCCUCUGUUUUUGCUGCUCUCUGUUCAACGUGGCGAUUGGAUUUAUGUAUAAAAUAGUUUCGGAAUUAGACGGCAUUUGGUUUCUCUUUUCCGGUGGCUUUCUGAUCGGGACUUCGAUAUCUGAUUUCAUGACCUGGAAAAAACUCUAGAAGUCGUGUGGAAUCGUUAAUCAUAUUGACAAUUUCCAGGUUCUAGGUCGCCACAAGCAGUGAUCAAGUAUUGGCAAUCAUGGCAUGCAGUUGUGUAUCCAUAAUAAGCUCUCCUGUGACCAAAAGCUCUAAAGAUACGUGGAAAGAGCAAGACAACUUUCGGAGUUCAUUUUCGAGCAAAGGCACUCAUGAAAAAACUCAAAUGAGAAGAUCCUAUUCCGACAACCACCUGUGCUGUCGUGCAAAUCGUAUCCAGAGUUCAGCAACACAGCCAAAACUGAAGAGUAGUCAUUCUACAGGAGGUCCCUUUAAACUUCAGUUGUCAAGUUCAUUCCUCCCUGAUUCUCUUCGGUCGUUCUUGUUUGAUAUUGACACCAAUAAGGAUAUUAACAUAGAUGACGUUAUCUUUGAGACUGAUCCUGACCAUGAUCAUGAUCAUGACAACAACGGGAUGGAGGUUGAGGACGAGACAAGAAGGUCCAAUUGGAUUCGAAGGCUCGUGGAACUUCGGAGAAAUUGGAUAGAGAAACAGAAGAAUAAUGACACUGCAGAGAUGCUCGACAUGGAAAAUAGUGGUGGAGAUUGCGAGGAUGAAGGUUGUGAAGUAGACUAUGAAGAUGACAAUGAUGCAGCUGGGGAGAUGAACAUUGAUAGAGAAUCCUUCUCCAGGUUGUUAAGGCGAGUCUCCUGGUCAGAUUCCAAGCUUUUCUCUCAGCUGGCUUUCUUAUGCAACAUGGCUUAUGUUAUUCCCGAGAUUAAGCCCGAGGAUUUAGAAAGAUGCUAUGGCCUGGACUUCGUAACAUCUUCCUUGGUGAAAAAAGCAGAAGCUAUGGCUAUCAAAGCCAAGUUCGACAAGGAUUCAACUCGUAUUCCAGUGCCAUCAUCAGACAGUGCAGUGCCUAAUACAGAUAAAACAGAGGAAACGGAGCAUAAGCAUCUACCUCGGCCAUCUGUUGCUUAUGAUAUAGCAGUUUCGGCAGCAUCUUAUGUCCAAUCCCGUGCUAAGGACCUAUUAUCACUUGGCAGUGAAUCCAAAUUGGCAGUUGAUGAUGUGGCCUUGAAAGGCAAGAAAGAGGGUUUAACAGAUGAAAAAGAUAACUCUUCCCCAAGGGUAUACAAGUCAGAGAUGGCUGCAUAUGUAGCUGCAUCAACAAUGACAACAAUGGUUGCUGCUGAUGAGGAACAAAAACUGGAGGCAGCAAGGGACCUUCAAUCACUUCAGUCCUCACCUUGCGAAUGGUUCAUUUGUGAUGACUUAACCACAUAUACUCGUUGUUUUGUUAUUCAGGGAUCAGACUCAUUGGCAUCAUGGCAGGCAAAUCUCUUCUUUGAACCCAGCAACUUUGAGGAAAUGGAUGUGUUGGUUCAUCGAGGAAUUUAUGAAGCUGCAAAAGGAAUAUAUGACCAAUUCAUGCCGGAGAUAAUGGAGCAUCUGCAGAGGUUUGGCAACAAGGCAAGGUUUCAAUUUACCGGCCACUCUCUUGGAGGAAGCCUCUCACUUUUGGUCAACUUAAUGCUGCUAACCCGAAAGGUCGUUAAACCAUCCUCUCUUCUACCAGUUGUCACUUUUGGAUCACCAUUUGUGUUCUGUGGUGGUCAAAAAGUGCUCAAUGAUUUGGGUUUGGAUGAGAAUCAUGUGCAAUGUGUGAUGAUGCAUAGAGACAUUGUUCCGAGGGCAUUUUCAUGCGUCUACCCAAACCAUGUGGCCCAAGUCCUCAAACGUUUGAAUAGUACAUUCAGAUCCCAUCCCUGUCUGAAUAAGAAUAAAAUGUUAUACUCUCCAAUGGGAAAAAUAUUCAUCAUCCAGCCUGAUGAGAAAUCAUCCGCUCCUCACCCUUUUCUUCCUCCGGGCAGUGGCCUUUAUACCCUAGACAACAACCAUUGUGCAUUUACUAGGAGAGCUUUCAGAGCCUUUCUGAAUUCUCCACACCCAUUAGAAAUUCUAAGUGACCCUACAGCAUAUGGUUCUGGUGGUACAAUUCUCAGGGACCAUGACUCGAGCAAUUAUCUGAAGGCUGUGAACAGCAUUAUAAGACAACGGAAGAAGCUCCUUGUCCGGAGAGUAAGAAAACAGAGGAACAUUAUUUGGCCAUUAUUGGCUUCACAAUCUCCACAUGCAUGGAGCCAUGAGCGCAACAUGGAAACUAGAGGAAUAUUAAGAAAGGAAAUAAUGUCAAGCGUUUGAUUUCUUAGCGAGAAUUCAUACCCCCUCCCUUGAGUCUUCUCUUGCCUCAGACGUGCCAAAUUACAAACUGUUAGAAGAGAAACCUCAUUUGAGAAAUCUUCCUGCCAACUAGAACCUCUUAAGUUAUCCUACAACAUAAGAUUUUGACAGAACCAUACGAGGGAGAAAAUGGUUCAGCCUAUUAUAUGAAGACUGUUGAUGUACCAUAUAGCAACAAAGUGCUGAUUUAUCAGGAAAGCAAUAAGCAAAGGAGACUGGUAUGACUACUAUUCUUCACACUGCAAUAUUGAACUGCAUGGUGUUA